GUUCUCCCUCUUUCUUCUCUCUCUAGGGCUGUUUGAAGUUGGAUGCAAAAAUCACUUCCAAGCAGAAACCCUUCUGGGUCAACAGUAGCUAGACAAACUAACAACAAAGGCUUGGAGACAUUUUGUUGGUUGGUUCUCUCUGCUCUCUCUAAGCUUCUGAAUCUGAGGUUGUCAUUAAUAGAUCGAGUUAUACACGCAUGAAUCCUCUCCAAGAUACAUGGUCUUCAUUUUCUCCAGAUUCAUUUCUGGAGGAUGAUCUGAUGAACUCCAUCCAACCUGAUUUGGAGAUGAACCAAAAUUACUCUAUUGAUCAACCAACAAAUCAGUACCCUUCCUUUCCCAAUCCUCCUGAGAUGCCUUCCUCUGCAGAAGCUCCGUUUAAGGUUACUUUGACUUUCACCAAAUCUGGAAAUCAGAAAACAAUACUAUUUGGAAAGCCCACUUCACCAACUUCAUCUGCACCCUCCCCAUUUAUUUCUUUUGGCAGCUUAAAUGGAAUGGCAAAAAACAGUACUAAUGUUAUAAAGAAAGAAUCUGCAGAGACAAUUUGCUUUAAGAAAAUGGAUUCCUCCGGAAGCAGCAGUUGUUCUUCAUCAUCUUUCUCGGAAGAAAAGCAACAAUAUUGGGAUGUUGAUCAUGAUGAUGAUGAUGAUGAUCAGUUCUUAGGUGCUUUGAGUGAUAAACCAAUGUCUGUUCAGAGAAAUACCAGGACGCCAUUACAAGCGAAAUCUCAUGUUGUUGCUGAAAGGAAGAGGCGAGAGAAGCUGUUGAAGCGAUUUAAGGAUUUGUCAGACUUGAUUCCUGGCCUAAAAAAGUUGGAUAAGAUAUCGAUCAUCAAUGGAGCUAUCAAUAUCUUGAAAGGAUAUGAAGACCAAAUCAAGGCUCUACAAGAAGAGCUUGACGAAGAAAGGAGAAAAAGGGAAUCGGUUCAAGAUGAUGCUCAUGAGGAAAAGCCAACUGUUUGUUGUGAUGACGAUGAUGAUGUCGAGGCAGAUUAUCCCAAAUAGAAAAAGAAGAAACUCCAAAAUUAAUGUGCUGGUUGAAGUCAAAUCUCCCAAUUAAAUUUGGUUCAAUGCAUCAGUUUGUUAGUUCAUUAAACUGAGGAAAUUUUUAUUCGUGCAUGUAACAAAAGACUAAGGUUUUUUUUUUUUUUUGCUCUAAAUUUUGGGGUGACUGUAUCCCUAUUUGGCAUUGUCUGAGCC